AACAGUUUUUAGUGCUUUACUUUUCUUCUUUCUAUUGCAUCCUCAAGAAGCGAUCUGUUUCACUUUCUUGGGAGAUCAUUUGUGCCGCCAUGAUGACGCUCUUGCACUGCUUCAAUUCAAAGAAAUGUUUAGCAUAUCAACUUAUGCUUCCUGUGAUCAUUCAUAUCCAAAGACAACACGUUGGAAAGCAGAUACGGAUUGUUGCAAUUGGGACGGCGUCACAUGCCACAACGUCACCGGUCGUGUGAUUGGGCUGGAUCUGAGUUGCGGCCAGCUUCAGGGAGUCAUUCAUCGAAACUCUACCCUUUUUCAUCUUUUCCAUCUCCGUCGCCUCAACCUUGCUUUUAAUGAUUUUACCGGUUCACGAAUUUCACACCGAUUUGGUUCACUGAAAAGUUUGACCCACCUCAAUCUCUCGUAUUCAAAUUUUCAAGGUGAAGUUGUUUCAGAAAUAUCACACCUGUCCAACCUAAUUUCACUUGAUCUCUCUGCCAAUGAUCUUCUAAGAUAUGAACCUAGCAAUUUUGAAGCGAUGCUUCAGAACUUAACCCAUUUAAGAGAGCUGUCGCUUUCAUAUGUGAACAUCUCAUCCGAUUUGAGGGUGAAUUUUUCUUCAUCUUUGACGUAUCUAGAUCUCUCAUCUACUAAAAUAACAGGUAAUCUACCAAGUAAUGCUUUUCAUCUGCCGAAUAUGCAAGUUCUCUUGUUGGGUGGCAAUGAAAAUCUUACUGUUAGUUUAUCAAAAUUGAACUGCAGCAUUUCUUAUUCUUUGAAGCAGUUGGACUUAUCGCGUACAAGUUUCUCUACUGCACUGCCAAAUUCAAUUGGGUGCAUAGGCUCCUUAAAUUCUUUGAAUCUAGGAUAUUCUCAAAUUUCUGGUGUCAUUCCUGAAUCAAUUGGCAACCUUACACAGCUUACUGAAUUGUUUCUGGAUGGUAACUAUCUUCUAGGGAAAAUACCAAAUAAAUUUUCCAUUUUACAAAAGAUAAGUACGCUGUCACUAGGUCACAAUUUAUUGUCCGGGAAAUUUCCAAAGUCACUUCUCAACCUUAUGCAUCUUGACUUUUUAGAUCUCUCUAGUAAUCAACUGACAGGAGAAAUUGGAGAUUUCAAAAAUAGGUUACUAUCAGAGAUUCGGUUGCAAAAUAAUCAACUAACUGGUUCAAUUCCUCCAUCAAUUUUUACUAUUCCAACCCUAUCUCACCUUGACCUUUCAGCAAACCAUUUUAAUGGGGUUGGGCAAGACUUGUUUGUGGACUUCAAUCAACUUCAAAAGAACCCUCUUCAGACUGAAGCCCCAUGGCACACUACAAACAAUGUGAGCAUUUCCUAUCCAGAUUUUGCGUACUUGGGAUUGUCUUCUUGCCAGAUAAAGGAAUUUCCAGAGUUUCUUAGAAAUUCAGAGAGUUUAGUAUUUCUGGACCUCUCAAAUAACACAAUUCUUGGUGAAAUUCCAAGCUGGUUCAUGUCCAAGACUUUUGAUAAGUUGUUCUACUUGAACCUUUCGCAUAACUUUUUGACUAGUACCAUAGACCAACUACCCGUUGCUUCAUCUAUGGUGUAUCUGGAUGUGAGUUCCAACUCACUUCAGGGCCAAAUACCUUCUUCUAUCUGUGAUUCAAAUAAUCUUGGUAUUCUUGAUUUGUCAAAUAACAAUUUGUCUGGCCUAAUUCCUCAAUGCCUGGGAAACUUCAGCCAGAACCUAGACAUUAUGGAUUUGGGAAAUAAUAGGCUUUUUGGCACCAUGCCCACAACAUUUUCAAAAGGCAGCUCUCUACGGUUUCUUAUGCUAAACGAUAAUCAAUUACAAGGGCCACUGCCACAAUCUUUAGCUCAUUGUAAAGAUCUGGAACUCCUUGAUUUAGGGAACAACAAGAUAGAUGAUAAAUUUCCAAUUUGGUUGGAAAUUCUUUCUAAUCUGGAGGUCCUAGUAUUGAAAUCUAAUCAAUUUCACGGAACAAUUGGCAGUUGUCAAACAAAAAGUCCAUUUCCUCAGCUGAGAAUAAUUGAUGCAUCCCACAAUGAGCUCACUGGUUCUCUACCUGAAGACAUUAUCAGCAAUUUCAAUGCCAUGAAAAGUUCAAAGCAUCAGCAAAAGGAAUUAGUCCAGUAUAUGACGGGAGAAAGCUUUGGAGUUUAUUAUUACAUCCAUUCUGUGGGUUUGUUUAUCAAAGGGGCAGAGUACAGCCUUGAAAGAGUCCUAAUAGCUCAAACAGUGAUUGACUUCUCAGGCAACAGAUUCGAAGGACAAAUUCCAGAGAUUAUCGGAUUCCUUCAUUCUCUUCAAACACUCACUCUCUCUCAUAAUAACUUUAGUGGUGGUAUUCCUAGGGCAUUAGGGAAUUUGAGUAUGCUUGAAUCUCUAGACCUGUCGUGGAACCAACUUGAAGGAACCAUUCCUAGGGAGCUAGUGAAUCUGGAUUUUCUUGGAUUCUUAAACCUUUCUGAAAAUCAUCUAGUUGGACCCAUUCCACGAGGAAGGCACUUUGAUACAUUUGGAGAUGAUUCAUACAGAGGGAAUUUGGACUUGUGUGGAUUUCCCCUGACGAAAGAUUGUGGAGAUACAGAGGCACCACCACCAGCCACGCCAUGGGAAGCUGAAGAACAAUAUGAUGAUUCUGAAUUCUUUGAUGGAUUCACUUGGAAAGCUGUUCUCCUGGGAUAUGGCUGUGGAUUAGUGCUCGGAUUAGUUAUGGGAGGUCUCAUUUUCUUGACAGGAAAACCAAGAUGGUUUGUACUGAUUGUCGAAGAGUCGUUCAAACCGCGAAGGCGACCGAGGAAAUGGAUCCACAUACGCACUUAAGAAGGGCAGUGCAAUAAUUUACAUAACUGGUCCACCCAUGGAGUGGAAAUAAGGAAAAGAUAUGGUUCACUUCCAAUUGUGCGUGCUGUGUAUUUUGUGCUGCAAGUGAUUGUGGUUGCUUGCGGCUGAAUCUGUAGGUUUAUAAUUGUAAGCAAGAAGACAUUUCAAUGGAUAAUUACUAUUAAUUGUGU